AUGUUAUCAAAUAUCAACUUUUGGGAAUAUUUAAGUGCAAUUAUUUUUUAUUUUUUACUUUUAAUUAAACCAAUAUCAAAUCAAGGCAUAGCAUGUUAUAAAUGUAUGACAAUUGAUGCAAAUAAUGAUUCCUGUCAAGAUCCAUUUUCAUCAUUACUUAACCCUAUUCAUAAUAAUUGUCAGGCUACAUCUGUAGGCAAAGAUGGAACAUUUUCAGCUCGAUUUUGUGUAAAAAUCAGUGGUCGUGUUACGAGUAUCGAUGGUGGUGCGAAUGCUUCUUAUUUAAAUACAAUUUUUUAUUAUCGUACAUGUAUUGUUGAUAAUAUAAUGGAAUCAACGAAAUCAUUAGAAACAUCAGGCAGUUUUCGUUUAAAAGGCUUUCAGGAUAUGUCUGGUUCUAUUCGUCUACAAGGUCAUAUUUCACUUUGUACACAUGAUGGAUGUAAUCAUGCAAGAACAUUAUGUUCAUCAUUAUUAAUUAUUAUUCUUGAUUUGUUGUUAAUUAUCUAUGUUAGUCGUUUUUCUUAA